AUUAACUGCCUUUAUUACCAAAUACCUAUAGUAACUGUAGGUAAACAGUUAUUUUGAUUCCAAGCUAUUAAUGGUAAAUGAAUAGUUGGCUAGCUCAAGAGUUAAUUAACUGUCUGAUAUUAAUGGCGCUCAAGCUAUUUCUAUAGAAUCUCGAAAGGUUGUUUGAUUGAAAAGCUCACCUUGCAGACAUGCAAUACAAAUUUCAGCAUGCCGGAAUAAAGAGGACUAACGUAGAAUGGUAGGAAAAACCAGGCCGAAACAUUUACUACACAUCAGUAUAGAAAAACAUCGCUCGUUAACAUGAAUAAAUAGCGCGUUCAUUGCUCGUUCCUACUGGAAAUAUAUCUGGUACUAACAAACAGAACGAGUAAUGUUGUAGGUAUGUGGAAAUGGAAAAGUUGAGCCGAUUGAGGGAAAGGGUAGGGAAAAUGGAGUCCGCCAACUGGCGGCUCGAGCACAUCAGUCUCGCAGGAUAGUCGGAUAGGAGAGUACGUACUUUCGGACUAUCGAGUAAAAACAAAUUCGUAACGGAAGAGAAAAAGUUUUGUGACUACAUUCGAAGUUGCGUUUAUGCUGAGAAUUGCUAAGGAAUCAAAGACAGUAUUUUAUUAAAGAUCUCAAGCUUUGAGGAGUGUCUGCUACAACAUUUAAAGGUUACGUAGAAAAUGGCGGGUGGCUUGCCUUAUACAUGUUAUUUGAUUCUCUUCACUAUUUGUAUAGGCCAAGGAGAUGGGCAUUGGAAGAAAAAAGAAAGGAAAGAAAAUCUUCAGCACGAUAUUGAAGCAUUCAGAAGGAUGGCUGAUAAAAUCGAGGGAGAGAUAGAAGCUUUUUACGACGAGUACCCAGACGAGAGGCUUAAGGGGGAUAAUGUUGAUAGAAUACACUACAAAUAUGAACAAAACACAUGGAGUCGCAAUUUAGUGACAAAGAACAGGAACAAACAAGAGAGAAUAAAACUGGAUAUACAAUCUGCCACCAGUGAGGUACCUUUUCCACGUUUCCUUAAACAACGUAUUGCGAACGAGUCAGAAGUGAAUAGACAUGUAAUUUUCACAAAUGAUAUUGACUUUGUGCGCACCGAACCGAAAUCAACAGACUAUAAUUGGCCAAAAUUCGAAGAUAUUUUAAUGAAUAUGGGGAAAAAAUAUGAUUGGAAAAACGAUCGAUGGAUAAAAGUGAAAGAAAAAUUAAAAGAAUCUCGCAUGAAGAAAUCGAAAAAAGAUGUAGACUUUCAUGAAAAACAUAAGUUCAAUUAUAGGAUAGUAAAACUGAAUAGAAAUAAGAGUAGAAGAAACAUUGUCGUUGCAGUUUCAGCAGUGAGAUAGACAAAGUGAUGUUAAUUGUGUUAUGGUAAAACUAAUAGUGUAAUUUUGGUAGACUUCGGGACCAAAAAGUGAAACCGAUCUAUAGAAAGUGAAGUAAUCAUUAUGUUUACAGCAAUAUAUAUAUACAUAUAUAUAACAAGGAUUGCUUUAUAGCUAAAUUUUUGUACCCCAAAAUUCGGGCCUAAUUUUGUUUUUACAAAAUAUUUUAAUUAUAUGAGAUUUAUGAAUAUUUAAUUACAAAACAAAUUGCAGCAUAUAAAUUACUUAAAUAGAAAAAGUUCAUCGUGUAAUUAUUUAUAAUGAUUUUAUGAAUAGAAACUCAUCAAUUUAGCAAAGACUGUGAUUUAACUUCGAUAUAAUUCUAUAAUUGUUAGUUAGCCAUUAAACAAUUAAGUACUCAUUAUAAAGAAUACUUUUAUAAAUAAAUCUGUAUAAUAACAUAUUUAUUUUAAAGUUUGUCAAUAUAAUUGAGUGUAAUGUAAUAUAAAGGCUUUAAUAUACUUAUUUCCAUGUAUUAUGUAUAAAGUUAUUUUUAUAUUUAACAUUUUUAUACCUUCGUAUUAUAGAUUGAUAGUUAUACUUUUUUUUAUUACAAAUAUUGAUUUCGGAAUACUUAAAUAUAAUAAUAAACAUUAUAUUUCUUUUUUUGUUGAAACAAAUUUUUUAUCCUGAUGUUUAUUUAUAGUUUUCUCAUGAUUAGUACGUUUCACAAGUUUAGGUAAGUAAUUAUUAAAUUUUAAAUUUCAAUAUUAAGUGUUCAAAUAGCUGUAAACAAUGAUAUGUGUAACCCAAAACAAUAUGAUGUGUAAAACAUAAUAAUUGUUCUGGGUUUUAAUGUAAACAGUUAUCAAAGACAAUUUUAAAAUGUAAUAGUAGCAUCAAGUGUUUUAAGUACCUAAUGAUUUAAUUGCUUAAGUACAAAAAUCUUGAUUUUAAAUACAUCUUAUUUAAUUUUAAUCUUUGAGUACAAUAUAUCAAAAUUAUUGUGGUUGAGUGGAGUUAAAUAAUUGAGGUCAUAUAUUUUUUUCUGGAAUAUAAGAAAUUAUGAAUAAGUACUUUAAAACUCUGGACAAUUUAGUUUAUGGAAAUUCUAGGAGUCUUUAUCUAUUAACACCUUAUAGAUAUGUUAUUUAAGUCACAGACAUAUUCAAAAACAAACAUCAAUUUACACUUGAAAAUCUUAUAUUACUUUCGUAUUACUUUAUUUAUAGGUUCAUCAACAUGAAUAAAAAAAGCUAAAGACCAUAAUUCCGAUAAUUGUGAAUAUUCUUUCAGUUCUAAUUUUGUUAAGUUUCAAGUCAGUAUUUUUUAUUAAAUAAAAUAUUAAAGUAAGUAUUAAUCAUAUGUCAUGUUAUUUAAUUACCUGAAUUUAUAUGCAUAUUUGUCAGUAGUAUAAAGGUAAUUUUAUUACAAUUAUCAGCAGUUAAUUUAGCGUAUUCAUUGUUGGUAUAUAAAUUUAAAUGUUAAGUUACUUUAGGGUAUACAAUACUGAAGGCGUUACUGAUAUUACAGUUACGAGGCUCUCUGUCCGCCCGUAGGCAUAUCACGCGUCUUUAACAUUUGAACGAAAUAAACUACAGUCUUGAAUUAAUCCGAAUUUUAAAAUUAGAAAAUUAAUUAAGUUAUGAAAAACUGAUUUUUUCUUUAUUAUUCUGUAUCACCAUUUAUAUCAUUGAGUUUAUUUUAUUAUUAUCUAGUGUGUUCGUUAAAGUUGACAGUUUUAUACAAUUUUUUGAUGCAAAAAUUAGAAAAUUAAGUUAUAUACUUAUGAUCAUUCUUAUAUCUUAUAUUAUCAUAUACUUACAACAUUAUUGUAAACAGCAAACAUAUAUACCUACUGAAAAUAUUGAUUUUAUAAUGUACUGUCACUAUAUGGAAUAAGUUUUGUUUUUAAAUAAAUCUGGAGCACAUAUUUCCAUUUCAAU